AUGCCAGAGCUCCAACGCAUUAACACAUUACCUAUCAACCUCUAUUCAUCUACAGGACAGGACUCCUGCGAACUCUCAACCUUGAUAUGGCAUCACUUCUUCGGCGAUUGCAAUGUGCCUUGGCCUGGCCGGGCAUGGAAGCCUCUCACAUUCUCCAAUCCCAAUUUCACGCGCAUCCCAUUGGAUCAGAAGAUAGAGGAGGAGCUUUUCCCCUACUACAUUGCAUCGCGUUACUACCCGGUCUGCAUUGGCGAAGUCCUCAGGGAUCGUUACCAGAUUGUUGGAAAGCUGGGCUUUGGCGCCAGCUCGACCGUUUGGUUGGCGCGUGAUCUACAUGGCCGUCGACACGUGGCAUUGAAACUUUUCAUAAACUCGGAGUCUAUGGGCGGGCAGCUGGACCACGAGCUCACCAUGUACAAGCGCAUUUCCACGUCAGCAGCCAGGCACCCCGGUCGUUCUGCCGUCAGGGAACUACUGGACUUUUUCCAUGUUGCUGGACCAGAUGGCUGCCACCGAUGCCUGGUGCAUCCUCCACUAUGGGAGAGCGUCUUGACUUUCCUUCGCCGUAACCCAGUCAGGAGACUACCUGCGCCGGUCCUCGCUUUCGUCCUCCGUCGUCUUUUCCUUGCUCUGGAUUUUCUGCAUACAGAAUGCCAGAUCAUCCACACAGACAUUAAAGCCGAUGUUAUCAUGUUUGCCAUCAACGACGAUUCGGUAUUCACCGCGUUUGAGGAGCAAGAGCAGCUCGACCCGUCCCCGAGAAAGUUGGUGGAUGGAAGAGUUGUCUAUCUGUCACGCGAGCUCCGAAUGCCAAAGACUUGGGGCGCGCCGGUCCUCUGUGAUUUUGGCUCGGCUGAUACGGGGGACAAAGAGCAUUGGGAGGACAUACAGCCCGAUGUAUACAGAGCACCGGAGGUCAUCCUCGAAGCACCGUGGUCGUAUCAAGUCGAUAUAUGGAACGCCGGUUGCAUGAUAUGGGACAUCUUUGAAGGUGGUCACCUGUUUACGGGGCACGAUCCGGAGCAUCAGUCGUACCGCAGUCGAGCCCACCUUGCAGAGAUUAUCGCAUUGCUUGGACAGCCUCCGCAGGCGCUCCUCGAUUCGGGAAAGUUAAGCCACAAGUUCUUCACUGAUCAAGGAGAGUUCCGUCCAUCUAUUUCAGUCCCGGAUAGUAUAUCACUCGAGGAGAAAGAGACCAGUCUGGAGGGGGAGACUGAGAGUAAAGGGAGGUUUCUUGCCAUGAUGGGGAAGAUGCUCCAUUGGGAUCCUUCGAAGCGAUCGUCGGCCAAGGAGCUCGCCGAUGACGAAUGGAUUAUGGAGCAUAUCGUGUCCAUCCAUAUCAAUAUGUAUCAACGAGCUGAGACGAGCAUUUGUGCAUUUCCCGAUGAAUGUCUCAGCAUUGGGCCGUCGCAAGGUCUCGUCUAUGCCCUUGGCCGGGGCCCUUUCGCCAACGUCCAUUCACAUGCGGAGGCCGUUAGAAUCGAGGCUUGGUAG